AACUUGUCCCUCCCCACUCUUCUUACUUCCUAUACCAUUUCAGUCACCUCACUCUAUUUGUGACCUCUUUGACAAGUGUCUUCUUUGUUGUAAUAAUUCUAUUAGUUAAAAUGUUUGACACCGAACUAUUUAUUAACGAGGUGAGCAUCCGUCCUCCACUUUGGGAUCUUAAAUUAAAGGACUACAGUAACCGUGAUUUAAAAUCUAAGCUAUGGAUUGAGGUGGCCAGGAUAGUGCUUUCGAACUGGGAGCAGAUGACUAAUGAGGAAAAAAAUAAAGAAGUAAAGGAAUUGCAAAAAAAAUGGAGAUCACUACGAGAUUGUUUUGCGAGGGAGAUGAAAAACUUGAAAUUACCUAGUGCAGUAGCCAAAAGAAGAAGAAAAAGUAUGUGUACUUCGAUCAACUGCUGUUCCUCACUGCGAACAACACUGACAGGAGGACAACCACCAAUGUUCCUGAUGAGCAACCCGACAUUGGAAACGAAAAAUGCGGCUACUGAAGAAAACAACGAAGAUUUGACUGAGGUAGUUGCUUCAGAACCAGCAACACCUAAACCAAGUAGCGCCCAACCAAGCAGCGCCUAA